AUGAGGGUACAACACAUAUUGACAUUGGACGUGAACAGCGCUACACUUGCCAAGCACAUAGCUGAAAUUGUUGGGGUAGACGAGGAAUUGGAAGUGCAUAAAGACGUAGCGGCACGUAAAAUUGAAGUUAUAAAUUCAAUAGUGACUAUUAGCAUUUCGCGAGCCCAGUUGAAGCAGUUAUUUGACAUAUUUGACGUCGAAAAGACCGGCUACAUUGAUGCGCGGGAAUUGAAAGCUGGUUUGCGCGCGUUAGGGUGUUAUUUGACGCCUGAUAGGAUUCGCGAAGGUCUAAGAAGUGUUGGAAUCACAGACAUUUCCGCUCCCAUUUCAUUCGAGACGUUUUGUGCCAUGGCGGAGCCUCUGUUGCCGAAAUUACAUUCGAGAGAGAGUUAUCAACAGCUCUUUGACAUUCUGGCAGGAGAUGGAGGAUUCUUGACCCUUAGUCAUCUGAAGCAGCUAUGCGAAGAGCUAAAGGAGCCUAUUCCCGACGAUGAGUUGCAGCGCAUGAUUUAUGAAGCUGAUCAAGAUGGGGAUGGCAGGGUGUCUUUCGAGGAUUUUAUGCGCAUAAUGACCAUAGCAAAUGACCCACUAGCGGAAUGA